AUGAUUAAAUCUGAAGAUGCAGAUUCUGAAGAGAUACAAAUUUUAAAUCAUCAUAUUCAUUUACUCCCAACAAAUCAUUCUACUUUUAGAAAGUUAAAUACCCCUAAGAAAAUUUUUUCAAGCGAAAAUAUUUCAACCAAUUUAAGACAUAUUUUUGAAAAAUUUGGUGGUGUUUUUGUAGAACAUGAAUUUGACGUUGACAGAAUUUCUAGAUGGAACAUAAUAACUUCAUAUAUUACCAAGCCUGAUGAUAUUAUAUCAGUUUUGGAUUCUUUCCAAGCUGAUACUUCAUAUCCAAGAAAUUUAAGUCAAACGAUAUUACAAACUCAUGAAGCAUCAACGCUCGCUAAACAUUUAUCUAAUCACUUAUGA